UCGUGGCUUGUUUCUAUCCCGUGCCCCGCAACAGAUUUGUUUGCCUGUGUUGUCUCGUGCGUGCCGUACGGAAGUUCCCAUGACCGAAUCGAUAGUGUUCGCAUGAGUUUGAAGCUGCAUGUAAGGGCACCUCCAAGACCGUCCUACACUUGUAGUCGUCUUUGCCUGGGAAUAGCAUCUUGACGCGCUGCAUGUGAUCAUCCGUGCGAACAAAGAAGACUGUCCAGUUCUUUGUGAGAACUUUCAAUCGUGAUGUUUCUUCCGAGUCUAGUUGACUGCGUCAUACUAGUGGCUGCAACGUGUUUCCUGCUAUAUAGAUAUGCCGCGAGAAACAGGAACUUCUGGAAGGAUCAAGGCAUUGUUCACGAGAAGUUGUCCGUUGUCUUUGGUCCCAUCUUAAGGCUGGUCAUGAAGCCAGUAUGUCUGAGCGAUCAAGAAAGGUGCCAGAAGAUGGGCCGGGUCUUUGGCAUCUACGAAGGAGGCAAGCCUACGCUAAUGGUGUCGGACCCAGAGCUUGUGAAGCAAGUUCUUGUUAAAGACUUCCAUCUGUUGCCGAACAGAAGGCAACGACAGUUCGACGAUACCAUGCUCAGCAACAUGAUGGUCUUCGCAGCCGUGGAGCGUUGGAGGAGAAUACGUCCUGCGGCAAGCCCGGCAUUUUCGACUGGCAAGCUAAGAAAGAUGAACUCUUUGAUUCAAGAAUGCGCAAAAGUGACGUGUCGGCACCUGAAAAACGCUGCGGAAAAGACUGAGGACAUCGAUGUUAAGCAGUUCUAUGGCCACUACGCUUUGGAUGUGAUUGCCACAUGCGCAUUUGGGACGAAGCUGGAUUCGCACACGGAGACCACCAAUGGUUUUGUGACCGAGGCUCGAAAGGCGUUCUCUGUGAAAAUCACUCCCAAGCUGCUCUUUGCGGUGCUGUUUCCGGGUCUGGUAAGAGCGCUGAAGAUCAAGGUACUGAACGAUGAUUCUUUUGUCUACUUCAAGAAAGUAUGUCAAGGAAUUAUAGGGAACAGGCAAGCACACAGUCAGUUCCACGAAGACUUCCUCCAGCUGAUGAUGGAGGCGCAAAAAGGUUGCCUCCAACCUUCCACCGAGGGCUCGUCGGAGACGGAGAGCACGCUUUUCGACAUCGGCUCAGAAGAGAUGUCCACUGCGACGUUCGGUGCCAAAGGAAUGACGGAAGACGAAGCGCUGGCGCAGUGCGUGCUCUUCUUCCUGGCCGGUCAGGACACUACUUCGUCGACGGUGGCAUUCGCCACUUACUUGCUGGCCUUACACCCUGACGCGCAGGACAAACUACGGAAAGAAGUGGACGAGUGCUUUGCGAACCACGGACCGGAGCCCAGUCUUGACGUCGUCUCUAAGCUAGAGUACCUUCACUGCAUUGUUUCGGAAACGCUGCGGCUGUACCCACCCGGUACGAGGAUCGAACGAGCUGCGUAUGAAGACUACGUGCUGGGAGAAACCGGAAUCAAGAUACCCAAGGACUGCGUUGUCGCCAUUCCUAUUUACGCUAUGCAUCAUGACCCAGAAUUCUUCCCUGAACCGGAUGCUUUCAAACCGGAGAGGUUCAGCAAGGACAACGUAGGCUCUAUACGACCCUACACCUACCUUCCUUUUGGUGCCGGUCCAAGAAACUGCAUUGGGAUGCGGUUCGCGCUUCAGGCGGUCAAGCUCUGCUUGCUCCACUCGGUGCACAACGUCGAGUUCGUGCGCGCGGACAAAACGCAGGUCCCUCUGAAGAUUGGAAAAGGGCUCGGCGUUCUGAGCGCGGAAGACAUCACUGUUGGAAUACGAAAGCGGGGACGCGAUAACAUUUAGCGACGUGCACGCGUAUCGUCUAUAUGGGACAUUAAUGAGUUAACAUGUUUCGUAUUUCACAAAGAGGAAUAUAAAAAAUCACCGCCCCUUCCA